AGGUAAGGAAUGUCAUGAUAGAUAAUAUUGACAAAGUCCUAGAAAGAGGUGACCGUUUGGAAUUGUUGGUUGAUAAAACUACAAGCAUGCAAGAUAAAACAAUCCGCUUCCGAAAGCAGGCUCGUCGUUUCAGGAAUACCGUGUGGUGGCGGAAUGUUAAACUCACGUAAGAAAAAUCUUUCUAAUUAUUUUUUUUCUGCACUUGUGGUUUUUCUUGUUUUGUAUGAUGCUGCCCCUUGAAUGGAGCUAGGAUCUUUAUUUGUGUGAACUAUACUAAAACGUCCAUGUGCUUUAGGGUAGGUUGGUUUGCGGAUAUUAUCAUUGAACAACCCAAAUGUUUAUUUCCCGAUUCUUUUAGUGUUUUCCUUGCAUGUAUGUCUCUCGUGUUUGUUA